AGUUUUAAAUUUAUAAUCGUAUACAAACCAAACACAAACUUGAUACAAACCAUAUACACACUUAAUAUCGAAACAAACAAGAGAAACUUUUAGAUACUAUAAAAUUGUAUUUAUAGAUAAUUCAUUAAGUGACAUAAAUAUAAUAUAGUACCUAGUAGAAAUGGUAUCUAAAAAUUUUCACAAAGGCAAAUAUUUUAUAUCGUUUAAAAGAGGAUUCGAUGAAAGUAAGAAAGAUAUAACAAUAACUGUGGAUAAAGUGUUCCAAAACGACAGUUUACGUAUAACUUUAAGUGACGAAGACGAUCCCACAUUUUUAUGUAAAAUUAACGUGACACGUUGCGACUACGAAGAUUUGAAGAAACAACAGGGACUUCUUAUUGAUUUUGAUAACUUUCCUUCACAAGUUGUUCGAUUAUUACAGCAGUGUGCUACAAAUAAUAUGUUUCUGAUUAUACAACAAAAAACACCAAUUGAGUACAAUUUUGAAGUAGUCGAGCACAAUGAAUUUCGAAGAUUAAUUCAUUUAUCUCUUAAGACAGGACCAGCAAGUGACAAUGAAGUUAAACAGCAUAUGGCAGAAACUAUAAAAGAAUUAAAGAAUUCGUUAUCAGCUUUAAAAAGUUUAACAUCAACUAAUGAAACAAUAUGGAAUGAACAACAAUUAAAGAUGGAAGCAAGUAUUCGUGAAUUAACUGUUACUGUUGCUAAAAUGGAAGAAGAUAAAUUAAGACAUGAAAAAGAGUUUCAAGAAGCAAUGAAACAGGAAAAAGAUCGUAUGGCUCAGGAAAAAAAGCAGUGGCAAACAAAUACUGAAAGUCAUACAAACAAACUGCUUAAUACAGCUCAAGAAAAUAUUAACAAGAAAGAAAAAAAAAUUGAUGAACUGAACUAUCUAAAUAACCAAUUGCACGAAAAGAUUAAACAACUCGAAAAUCAAAUAAGUGAAAAAAUUCAAAGAUCAACAUUAUUAGAAAAUGAAGUACAAAAAACUCAUAUUGAAGUUGCAACACUUAAAGCAAGAAAUUCAGGUUUGGAAAGAGAGAUUAUAGAAAAAGAAAAACAAAUAAAUCAGCUCCAAUCAAAAUCGUCAUAUUUAGAAAAGGUAGUCAAAGACAAUUCUGAUGCUAUAAAAGAAUUGAAUGAAAAUAUUCAAACACUAAAAAUGGAAAAGAGCAGCUUGGAAAGAAGAUUAACUAUUAGUGAAUCACUGGCUAAUAAAAAUAAUGAAGCAGCCCAGUCCACAACUGAACAAUUAUUAAAAGCCAAUCAGAUAAUAUCAAAGCAAAACAAUGAUAUUAUUGAAAUGAAAGAUAAGCUUUUAUGUAGAACUGCUAUAGCACUAGAACAAGAAAAAGUCAUUGAGAGCAAUAUAAAAGAUAUACAAGAUCUAAAAUCUCAACUGGAGUUAACAAAAGAAAAUGUUGACAAACUUCAAAAAGAACUUGAGACUCUUAAGGAAAAGUGUGACAACAAUGAAAAAGCCCUUAAAGAUCGUGAUGAAACAAUAAAGAAUAAUAAUAUGGUGAUCCAGUGGCUUCACAAAAAAAUAGAAGAAAAUACGGCGACAGAUAACAUACAAAAUAAAGGGAUAACACCUCUUCAAAGUAGCAGCUCAACGCCUUAUUGUCGAACAAAAAAUAACAAAAAUUUAUCUCAAAAUACAGAUGAGUCCAUCAAUUUCUAUGCAACAUCUAAACUGUCGAGUUUUGAUGACAGUUCUCCACUUUCUCCUCAAAGUAGAAAAGGCAUAGAUCCAAAAUAUUUAGAACCUGCAACAGAUGAAAACAAAGUACUAUGUAAAGAUAUUUCAAAGCCUGGGUCAACAAGUUCUCUCAAUAAAAAGGGAAAGGAAAACAAAUGCAUGGAAUUGCCAAAAGUAGAUUACAGGGAAAAGAAGUCUUCCAGGGCGACUACGUAUCGAGCUACACCAAUAACUUUCGGGAGUGAUUUACAAAAGGCAGAUGCGUCUUUACCUAUAGUGCAGGGUGUGCGGCGCACACUGUCGCCGGGUCUAAGGGGGCGCCGGUUCAAGUGUCUGGUAGACCAGGAACUGUUCAACGCCAAUAGCGAUAAUAAUUAUAACAUCGUUACAGACGGCAGCAAGAUUGAGAGCAAGAUGUCUGAUGGCGAUAGAAGAAAGAAACUUUCUGGUGCACAAAGCCGAAAAAGAAAGCUGAAGAAGGGAGAAUCUCUGAAAAAGAAUACAAGUUCUAUUGAAAGGUUUAUUGUUCGACCCGGUCCAUUUUCCGACGAACACCUGGAGAUACAGACAUAUGAAAACCAAGAUAAUUCUACAGCAGAACUCAUCUCGUCAACGCCACUGCCGCUGCUGCCUUCCAUCGUUUUUAUUAAAAUGUGGAAUGAUCAAUCUAUCGCUGGCGGUGGAUUUUUAAAUUCACCAAAUCAAUUUGGAAAUGUUACUACACCAAAUCAGAAAGCGGGUAGAAGAGCUUCAAGAACUGCUCCAAUUGUAGUAAAACAAGCCUUACAUUGUGGAGAUGAUGGUGUUAAGAUUUGGGGAACAGAUAUACAGAUUGUGUCUAUAGUUGCUCGCGUGAGGAAUAUCAAGGUCCAAAGCACUAAAAUAACGUACACAAUACAAGAUAUCACAGGAAGGAUGAGGGCUGUUUUGUGGUUAGACCAGGAGUCCAUGGAUGAAGAUUCUGAUCAAUCUUCACCAAAAAUUGAAGUUAAUGAUUAUAUACAAGUUUUUGGAAAUGUAAAAACUAAUCAAGGAAAAAAAGUUGUUAUGGCUUUCAAAAUAAUGCCUAUAACUGAUGUCAAUGCUAUUACAUUCCAUUAUUUGCAAUGCAUCAACAAUAAGUUAAAGAUGGAAGCAGAUUCUAAGAAGGAGAAAACCAAUGGAAGUUCUUCAUUUACAAGUGCAUUGCCAGCAAAUUCUAUGGUUAACAUGGAUAAUGCUUCAAUAAAUGGAUUAAAUGCUAGACAAAUGAUGGUCUACAAUAACAUAAGAGCUUCUACACUCGAACAAGGCAUUAACAAACAGGACAUUUAUGCUAGCUUAAAAGAUCGGAUGUCCAAUGUUGAAUUUGAAAAAAUCUUGCAAUGGAUGUGGAACGAAGGACAUAUAUAUUCAACAAUUGAUGAAGAACAUUUUCGUGUUACUGAUGCUUCCUAAUCAAUACACGAUCCAACUUGUUACUAUAAGAAAUAAAAUUUUGUAAAAAAAAAAAAUAAAAGUCUGUCAACAUUG